AUGUUGAAUUUAUGUGUUGGACUAAAUGAUUUACCUGAUGAAAUUCUUAUGAUUAUUUUCAAAAAACUCAACAAUAUUGAUGUACUUUAUUCUUUACAUGGUGUCAAUCAACGACUAAAUAAAAUUGUUCAUGAUUCAAUUUUUACAAGUUGUUUGACUUUUGUUAAAUGGUUCUCACAUAAUUUUAUGGAUCUAAUUUCUUCUGAUAUGAUGCUUAAUCGAUUUUGUUUACAAAUUUUGCCUGAAAUUCAUGAUAAAAUCAAAUGGCUAAAUCUUGAAUCAUCAUCCAUGAAACAUGUUUUAUGUGCUACAAAUUAUCCUAAUUUAUAUGCUCUUGGUCUUUAUAAUAUUGAUGAAGAGUCAGUUCGAUGUCUUUUUACUAGUGAAACGCUUCCAUCGAAUGUUUUCAAAAAUCAGAUUACAAUAUUAUUUAUUACAAUUGAUAAUAAUAAGGAGACGAUAUUGACGGUGGUAAACAUAUGCGAUUAUAUCUUGACUGUUUUCACUAGUCUAAUUUAUUUAUCAUUAUAUGAAUCAUCGUAUAAAAAUCGUCUUCGAUUAUUGUUUGAUGAUCCACCUCCUCCUACUUUUCAUUCUUCAACUCUUCAGAAAUUGAAUAUCAAGAUUCAAUGUUUUGAUGAUUGUCUUUAUCUUCUCGAUGGUCGUUUUAAUCAACUUAACACGCUCUAUGUUGAUUUGCUUAGUAUUCAAUGUCCAGAGGAAAUUCAUAAUCAAAGCGAUUUACCAAAUCUAAAAUGUUUUUCUCUGUCCUGUGAUUAUGAAACAAAUUAUUACGAUGAAUUAAUCCUUCCACUUCUCUAUCGAAUGUCAAAUCUAGAACAACUUGGUUUGUAUAUUGCGAUCUUUGUUGAUGAAACAUUUAUUGAUGGAAAUAAUUUGAAGAGAAACAUUAUUAAUCGUAUGCCACGAUUAAAUCAAUUUAGAUUUUACAUUCGCUCACUCAUGUUUAUUCAUAAUCAAGUGAAUUUACCAUCAGCAGAAGAUAUUCAACGUACAUUCAUUGACUUUCCAAAUAAUAAUAUAAUUUCUUAUGUUAAUUAUUUUCCAGAGGCAAGAAGAGGUCGAUGUCACAUUUAUUCAUAUCCAUCUCGAAUGCAAUAUUAUAGUGGUAUUCCAAAUAAUUUUCCUGGUGGAUUAUAUACAUAUGUUCGUGUAGUGUUAUUAUUGGAUGAACGUCCUUUUGAACAUGAAUUUUUUCUUCGAAUUCAGAAAUCAUUUCCAUUUAUGGAACAAUUGACUUUGAUUAAUCAUAAAUCACAAAAUCGCAAACAAUCUUAUGAAUUAAACAAUGAUAAUCGAAAUUUAUCUGUUAUUGAAUAUUCUUUUCUUAAUGAACUUGAUAUUGUCGAGGUCCAUGAUGAUUAUAUAGAACAAUUUCUAUUUGAUACUAAAACGCAUUUGCAAAAUAAUGUUCUUCUUUAUAUCAACUACGAAUCUUUAAAACGAGUAACACACAAUUUCACAAGAGACGCUACACGAAUUAAUUGUACCAAAAUAAAUAAAUUACAACUAUGUGGUGAAACAAAAUGUUCGAAUUUUCGUUUACAAGAAUAUUUUCCUCAUGCAAAAAUAUGUUAUCCAGGAAGAUUUUGA